AGCGCGACAACUCUCUCAUACGGCGAUCCUGGCAUGCCAUGUCCGAGGUCCUUUCACCAUUCUCUCCCUCUGCCCUCGCCUCCCUGCCCAAGAAGACAUUCAGGCGCAGACCUCGCUACACCCGUGCAGACAAUGUUCCAGAGGUUGGGCGGGAUGAGCAGGGCCAGAUGCCCAGUGUCCGCGACUAUCAUUCCAUCAACACUGUCCCAUCCCAGGUCAGAGUCCCCAAGAAGAUUGCCACGCCCAUUAAGGUCGAAGGCAAGGUCUGGUUUGCGAAUGAACGAACAUGGGUCUCAUACCUGAACAUUGCCGUGUUAAUCGGUACACUGUCUCUGGCACUCUUUAAUGCCUCCAAGGAUCAGAUUGCACGGAACUUUGCGUACACAUAUGCUGCUAUUAGUGUUGGUGUUCUUAUUUAUGGAUAUGUUGUCUACCAACGCCGGAUUACCAUGAUUCGCAAGAGGGAUCCCGGUCACUUCGACCAGAUUAUUGGACCGAUUAUUAUCAGCGCUCUGCUUUUCUGUGCCGUACUUGCCAACUUUGUCAUCCGUGUAAAAGAACUACACAGAAAGGAGGUCCCUAUACCUGGAAUGACCUACUUCUUUUCGUCUCAGUGAAGUCUUGUACGAUACCACUGCUUUCGAAUCAAAACAGGGCUUGCUGGCACCCUGGACCAUGACUCGGCCUCAAGGUCCUGCUUCGCCCCUGCC